GUCGGAUUGGCAUAUAUCAUUCUUUGUGAUAUAUUAGCAAUUGCGGACAACGAUUAUAGUGCUGGAGUAAUUAUGGACUUAGCUAUAAGUGCCUCAUUCCUUCCUGUAACUAUUUUUGGGCUUUUCGCUUGUUGUUGUGAG